GUCAUUUUGAAACCUGAGCCUCUCCUUCUCUUUGCUCCUUACUGUCGCCUAUUCCCAAAAAGAAAAAUAACAUAAAAAUCCCGCUUCCAACUCUUCAAGUUGAAGCUUCAACCCCCUGUUUGGCUAUGUUUCACUCUCUUUCCAUCUCCUUAGCUACUGUUUCUUUCUUUCUUUAAUGGCGGAGUUUCCUCCAAAUUUGGACGACGGGGAACUUUGGCUUCCCUCUGAUAUUUUCCUCAAUGAAGUUCCUUCAAAAUACAAUCCUUAUCGCCUCUCUUGCAUGGAGGACCUUGCUGGCCAUUUCGCUGCUCUUUCUUUGCUCCAAAAUCACUCAUCUUCAUCUCUUUCAAGUCCCCCUCCAAAACCUGCUCUCAACUCCCAGGGGCUUAAACUGGCGGUUCGAGAUAUAUACGCUAGCCAUUUGCCAUCUGGGUACCUUGGUUUCAAUGGCGGUGCUGAGCUUGGUCAAAGACUUAAUGGGUACGGCACCGGUUCCGUUUUGGCCCGGUCUGAACCGUUUUACGAGCUUCAAGCCCAGCCACAGGUUGAUAGCUACAUGGAGACAAGGCCUAGGGUUAUGCAGAGGCAUCGAAACCCUCUCCAAAAUCGGCUGGACCCGUUUCAAGGAAGUGGAUUUGGAGUUAGAGGAAGCGGUGGUGGUAUUGUGAGAGAAUCUGGGGGUACUGGGGUUUUUCAUCCUCGCAUUGUGAACCCCACAACCACCACUCCUGCUACCACUGAUGUAAAAAGGAAGCAAGGUAUGAGAAGUAGACAAGAGAUUCAGGCAACCCAACAGAGGAAUUCAGUGAGAAGGGUAGGGGUCAACAAUUGUCAUCUUCAUCCAGAAAUGGGGUUGCCUCAGGAGUGGACUUAUUGAGCUUUCUCUUCUCCAAUUUUAGAUGUGGAAACUAGAAAGUGGUCAAGAAAGAUAAUAAUAGAAUAAGACCUGUAGACUUGUAGGAUAAGAAUAUAAAAUUAGGAGGCUAAUAUAAAUAAAUAAUCUUUUAGGGUUUUGUGCAGUUGAGCUGAAGAAAUAGUCGUUAGAUGAAAUCUAUGUUGUCAUAUGUGUAUGCCUCUACCAAUUGCAAAGCAAAAAGAGAAACUUGUCUAUGCUAUGCUAAGCUUUGUAGAAAUAAAAAAUGUGUGGUUAGAUCUUGAUUUGAAG